ACCAUUGUUCUCUUCCAUCGAUUUCUCCUUUCGCAACCCUCAGAAAACAUCGCCUCCCCUUUAUAACCAUUUCUUUUCUUUCCUAUACAAAUCACUUUCAUUUUUUCAAGCAACAACAACAAUGGCUCAAGUUGUUGCUACCAAAUUGCUUCACAAUGCAUUCAUUGGCAAUGGAUCUCUCAACAACAAGCAGACUGAGAAGAUCAAGCCACGUGGCAUAGGCCGUAUUACCCCCUCCCACCCCCGUCUUCUUAGCGUCACUGCAAGGAGAGCUUCUGUCACUGAAGUUGUUCCCUUUACUCCUGAAGAUAUCCCUAAGAUAGGAGAGCAGGGUUAUCUUUCAGAGGAAGUUCUACGAAAAGGCGAUAGUUCAGCCGGUGUGUGGUCCAAGCCCGUAGUUAAGCGCAAGACAAAAAUCGUUUGUACAAUCGGUCCAUCUACCGACACUAAGGAAAUGAUAUGGAAGCUAGCUGAGGCUGGGAUGAAUGUUGCAAGAUUGAACAUGUCCCAUGGAGAUCACGCUUCCCAUCAAAAAGUCAUCGAUCUUGUUAAAGAAUAUAAUGCUCAAUCUAAGGAUAACGUCAUUGCAAUCAUGCUUGACACAAAGGGGCCCGAGGUCAGGAGUGGGGAUUUGCCUCAACCAGUAAACUUAGCAAGUGGCCAAGAAUUCACUUUUACGAUAAAACGAGGUGUCGGCACUGCAGACUGUGUUAGUGUCAACUAUGAUGAUUUUGUGAACGAUGUGGAAGCAGGUGACAUGCUUCUGGUUGAUGGUGGUAUGAUGUCACUAUUGGUGAAAUCCAAGACAGAAGAUUCAGUAAAAUGUGAAGUUGUGGAUGGCGGAGAGCUCAAGUCUAGACGGCAUCUAAAUGUUAGAGGAAAAAGCGCAACUUUACCAUCUAUCACCGAAAAGGACUGGGAUGAUAUCAAAUUUGGUGUGGACAAUCAAGUUGAUUUUUAUGCAGUUUCUUUUGUUAAGGAUGCAGAAGUUAUCCAUGAGCUUAAGAAUUAUCUAAAAAGCUGUGGUGCGGAUAUUCAAGUUAUCCCAAAAAUUGAAAGUGCAGACUCCAUACCAAAUUUGCAUUCAAUUAUCACGGCUUCUGACGGGGCAAUGGUUGCAAGAGGGGACCUUGGUGCAGAGCUGCCUAUUGAAGAGGUUCCAUUGCUGCAGGAAGAGAUAAUCAGGACAUGCCGUAGCAUGGGAAAAGCUGUUAUUGUUGCAACAAACAUGCUUGAAAGCAUGAUUGUUCAUCCGACACCUACGCGGGCAGAGGUAUCCGACAUUGCUAUUGCUGUUAGAGAGGGUGCUGAUGCAGUCAUGCUUUCUGGAGAAACUGCUCAUGGAAAGUUUCCACUAAAAGCUGUUAACGUCAUGCACACAGUGUCGUUAAGAACUGAAUCAAGCAUAAUGAGUGGUGGCACAGUAUCUAGUCUUAAUCAAGCCUUUAAGAAUCAUGUGAGUGAAAUGUUUGCCUACCAUGCGACAUCAAUGUCCAACACUCUUGGAACUUCAAUUGUGGUAUUCACAAGAACGAGUAACAUGGCUGUCCUACUGAGCCAUUAUCGGCCUAAUGGCACUAUAUUUGCCUUCACAGACGAUAAAAGGGUACAACAGAAAUUGGCUUUGUAUCAAGGAGUAUGCCCCAUUUACAUGGAAUUCGCAGACGACGCUGAAGAAACCUUUGCAAAUGCUCUUCAAGUGUUGAAGAAUCAAGGGAUGAUGAAGGAAGGUGAGCAUGUAGCUCUUCUUCAGAGUGGCAGACAACCCAUCUGGCGGUUCCAAUCCACCCAUAAUAUUCAGGUCAGAAAGGUGUAGCCGCCCGCCACAAAAGGAGAUUAAAGACUUAUGCUAAGUUCAUUUUUGCAUCAUCCCGUUAACAUCUGUUUCAUUUCUCUUCGUCUCUGUUUUCUAAUCCUGUUUUUAUGCUUCUGCAAUCCAUUUCUAAUGUAAGUUGCAAUUCAGUUUUUGUAUUUGUAGCCACUAUAUUUUAUUUUAUUAUUUAUGUAUCAGAUUGAGUAUUUUAAAUCGAAACUAGCCACAUCAUAACAAAUACUAUAAUUGUUUUAUUGAUUUGCACUAGGUAUAACUGUUACAUAAACAAAAUCAUCUGAUCAUAUCUCGACGAUAUGAAGUUAUUCCACCACACAAACAUAAUAAAGUAUACAAAGGCUAUCACUUUAGGACUAGUUUAUACUGCCUUUGAUGGCGUCACUGUAUCCACUCUGUUUAUCAUAGAACCUGUCCCACAGCAUGACUCCACCGUACUUGGGAGAACUCUUGAUUGAAGGAAGAAUCUGAGAGGUAAGAAUAUCUGGUGGAAUAUAUCCUCCGCUUGGGGCAGCUCCCGAAGCUGCUGCUGGUAACCCCAAGAAAAUCGUAUUUGUGGUCACCUGAGUCCACUCGUUCCAUCUCGCUAAUAAAGCAUCAGCAUUCGCCCCAUACUGGCAUUGUUCAUUGUUGUAAAACUGCACCCACACGUAAUCAAACAGCCCUUCCCUAAUCGCCGGGAGCAGUUGGUUCCGCACGUCGCCACUAGGGCUAGGGAAAGGGCACUGUGGGGCUGCAGAUAAGUACACUUUUUUCUGUGAGCUGUACGCAGCGAGUGCCCUAGCCAGGUCAGACCAGAACUGGUCUGUCCCUUGCUCGAUA